AUUGAAAAAAACACAAACUGUGAAUAUAAACACUAUAACAAACUUGAAAAAAAUUUAAAGAUACUCUUACAAUAACAGCAACAACAAUAAGAAUUACAAAAAAAUAUAUAUAUAUAUAUAAGCAUUAAUAAACCAUGAGUCAUUAAAGCCGUUUCGUUCCAUUCGUAUGUAUGUAUGUAUGUAUGUCUGUCUGUCUGUCUGUCUGUCUGUCUGUCUGUCUGUCUGUCUGUCUGUCUGUCUGUUUAUUGAGAACUACUUGUGGAUUUAGAAUACAAACAAAUAAAAAAUUAAAAAACAAUAAAAAUAAAAAAUGAAACCAAUAAAAAAAAUUUUAAAAAAUAAAAGACAUUUUUUAAGAAGUUGUUGCUGUUGUUGUUGUUGGAAAUAAAUUAAAUUGAAAGACAAAACUUUAACAGACAAAAUGUUCUUAAUUCGUUGGUUGUUUGGUUUAUGAUCGUUGUUGUUUUCAUUCUGAGUGAAAAAAAUUAAAUGAAAAUAAAUAAAAAAUAUAUAUUUUAAAAGCACUAUGGGUUGAAGAUUUUUUAAAUAUGAACAAACUAGAUUUUUGUACUCGGUUUUAAGUGUUUUCAUAACACUAUAGUUUAAUAUUCAUUCAUUCAUUCAUUCAUUCAUUCAUUCAUUCAUUCAUUCAUUCAUUCACAAUUCUUAAGGUCUCCUUACUAAGAAAUUCAUUAGAAUUUUUUUGUGAACAAUAUUUAAUGGCUUAUAUUUUAGUUAAAUGGGUAUUUAUGUUCAAAAGUACAAAUUUUACCCGCUUUUCACCCAUUUUACCCCCUUUUUGCGCCCUCCUAGUCCAAGUUUUGAAAAACACCCUCCAAGAAUUGAUUUACCAAUGUUCCAAAUUUUAAGAUUUAGCCGUUUAGGCUUGAUUGACGCACAAACGAACAGACUUAAAAAGAGAUUUAUAAUAUAUAUUAGAAUUUAAAUUACUAGAUAUUAACUAGGCAUAUGAAUUAGAAGUAAAAGGAGAUUACUGAUGAGACAAUUCAGUGAUUUAAUGACCUGUGAACUGCCAAAUUUAAAACUAGUUUUAUCUUUUAAAAGCCCGUUCUAGGCUGCUUAGUAUAGUGGUUUCCUUUACCUAUAGACUCUAAAUUGAAACCGAUUUAAGUUGAAAUAAGAUUUUGUUUAUAUAAAAACUUAACACAACUUAUGAUCAGGCAUACUUUUGACUUGAGAUAGCGAUCGAUUCUAGUUCAAAUGAAUUCGUGAGUUUAUAGUCUAUUUCAGACUUUAGAAUGAGAAUGGGAACUCUCAUAAUGGCGCUGAUCAAAGAGAUACUUAAUCUCAUCUGAAUUGAUAAUAGUUUGUUAGUAAAUCAGAGGGUUUGGUUUAUUCUGAUAUAUUUUUAUUUUGUUCUCCAAACCAGGUGAAUUUGUGGUAAUGAGACAAACAAAUUUGUUUAGAACACACUUCUUUAAUUUUUUAAAACAUCCCAGAUUAGGAUUUUAACAAAGUGUACAGUAUAGAAAGAGUAUAGAUCCAUAAGGUUUGUCUAAUCAUUAAAAACUAUAAUUUCAAUGAUUAAAAAUUGUAAUGGCUACACUCAGCAAAUCAGACAACUCUAAAAGUCCUCACUUCACAGUCGGAUAAGUAUGAAGUGAGUGUUCUUUCAUCUUUGGGUAAAUCAUAAUUUGAAUCUGAACUUUGCAUCGUAAGGUUACCACACUGGGUGGUAACCAGGUAGUCUCAAUUGACCACCUAGAUUCUGUAUACUACAGCGUUUACAGUUGGAUGUCAGUUUACAGCCAAAGCCAAAAGCUUUUCUUGUGAUUGAAGAUUUUAGAAAGAGAAUAUUCAAUGGUAUCACUAGGUGUUAGUUUGAAGACCCGGAAUCCAGUCUUACUACGGAAUGUUUCGCUAUUUCAUAAAGAGAUAGAUUCAAAUACCAUGAUUGAUGUCAUUGACGUCAGUUUAUGUGGGAAUAUAAACUCCGUGACAUGGACUUUACUAAGAAAUUCGGUAAUUUUUGGAUGAGUAUAAAGUCUCAAUCUCAGCAGACUCUUUCUAAUGUGUUUAAGUUCCAUGAUAGCAUUUCUAGAAUAAAUCCCAGAUAUUUUACACUAUCACAUAAUUAAAGCUUGAAUUCGUUUAAAUGAAGACUACAAAUAAUGAUACAACAGGUACUGAGUGAUUUAAGUAAGCUUUCCAUUCUAAGAUAAUUAUCAGAUACGUCAUACGCGCAAUAACCUUAAACGAAGCAGUAUCAACAUAUUUGCCUUACAUGAGGUCGUGUUGGUAUCUAGAUCUGAUAUAUUGGUAUAUAUAACUCUGAUAAGUAAUAAAAUUUCAUUAUGUGUACGAAUUCCCAUAAUUAGACAUAACAGACUUCCAUCCCAAUAGAAUGAAAAAAUCUUGGUAGUAACAUAUAUUAAAAGUAACAAAAAAUUCUCUAAAAUAAUUUCUUUUAACAAAAUUUUACAUUAAACAACCCAUAGUGCUUAAAAGCACUAAACAAACACCCAACGUACUGUAUUGAAGUAAUCUAAUAUUCCAUUGAGCCCAGAACUCAGAAAUGUUGAAAAUAAAAACUAAAACACAAAACGAUCAAUUAAAAGCCUAUAACCCCCGAGAUAAAGUUACAACAGAACACAAUUCAACCAACCAACCAACCACUACCACAUGUAAACCAAAUUACGAAAAAGUAAAUAAUUAAAGAGAGAGAAGUUCAAAAGUUUCAAAUAAAUCAUAAUAAACAAUAAAAAAUUUAUUAUAAAAAAAAUACAAAUAGAAAAAAACACACAACUCGAGAUAACACAAUAUGACAGAUAGGGAGAGUUAAUUAAAAGAGUAAUACAGUGAGUAGAAGAUACCACUGAAAGAGAGAAAAAUAAAUAAAUUUUGAAAACAAAUACGAAUACAAAUGCUUCUUUUUUAGAGAUAAAAUUUAAAAGAAAAUAAACAAAGAAUAGAAAAACAAAAAUAUCAAAAAGAAAACAUGAGUCAAGACGACGAAGAGACAACCAAAUAUAAACUAAACAAUAACCACAAAAACAACAACAACCACCAUGGCCCAACGAAAAAGAUACAAAAUAAUCAACAAGUUGCGCCGCUCUACGAGAAUUUUACGAUCAAUAACAACAACAAUAACAAUGGCCGGAGUACAAAACCAGAUCAUUCACUGGCUGAACAAGCAACAACCAAGAGCGAAACAUUCAAUAACGAUUACCGCUUCGUUAGAAACACAACAAAUGCCGCGGAUAUAAACGAGCAGGAAACGCGUGACACAAACUCCGUUACACCAACCGAAUACGAGAAUAUUAGUUUUAGUGAUAAAGAUACAAAUUUUGAUAAAAAGAUAUUAUUGCAAAAAUAUUUUCGCAGUGCAUUGGUGGGACCACGUGCCAACAUCUAUGAAAAUGUAUGUCGUGGUUGCAAUUAUGGUGUAUUCAAUGCACGCGGUCCAUUGUGCACCUUUUGUGAGUGUAUAGUUAAUGGUGUGGGUGCCUUGAGAAGUGAUACGCCCGAGGGCAGUUUAAGUAAUAAUAUUUAUGAAAAUAUCUGUGAAUUUUGUGGAGUUAUAUACAGUGGAACUAAUAGUUCAGAGUGUAAAUGUCGAGAAUUGGAGCAAGUGAAAAGAGAAGAAGAAGAUAAUUUCCUAAAAGUGGGCAGUGAAGAACUGUUAAUAGAGAAGAGUGUUAAAGAAAAGAAAAAAGUUAAAUUAAAUAAAUCGAAAUCGUUUAAUAAGUCUAAUAAACCAAAAAUAUUUACCAAUUUAUGGGAUACUUUAAGAAAACCAAAGAAUACUUUAAGUUCCAACAGCGGAGUAAGGCGACCUUUGGAAAUUAUACAUCACGUAGAGGGUUACGAGCAGGUUUUUCAUACUAAAGAAACAUUUGAUUUGCAAAAAAUUUGCGAACUCAAACGCAGUGGCACUAGUUGCAGUGAUCAGCAUAUUUAUGGUAGAUUAAAACAAAGUGACUUAAGCGUUAGUCAAGAGGAGUUCAACUCUACACAGUCUCUAACACAAUCGAGUAAUAGUAAUAAUAAAAAACCUAGAAUUUCCAAAGCAAAAUUUCUAAGAACUCAACCUUCAGUUAGUUCUAUAGAUACUGCCUCUUCAGAGUUUAAAACAGAACUUACGACUGCUGCUGCUACUAUAUAUUUGAACAACAGUGUUUGUCAGUGGAUGACAUCAUUGCGUCGUGAAAUUCACGCUUACAAUACUUUCAUAAACGGCGGCAACGAAGUCGAUCAAGAUACGUUGUGUUAUCCAAAGUCUAUACCCUCGAAAAAUUUGUUAAUUUCUUCUUGUAAGGCGCCAGCAGUGACUAAUCGCAUUAAAAAUUUACAAAAUUUUAAAAAUUUACUACAACAACAACUGCAACACGUUAGUCGUGAUUGUGGUGAUUUAACGGAAAUACAAACGUUAAUAUCUCAUAACUCUAUGACAUCUAUAGAUUCUUGGGAAUUGGAGGAAAGAGAGAAGGAAGAGGAUCUACAACAACAGCCAGAUUGUUAUCAGUUAAUGGUUGAGGAAUUCAUGGCGAAUAUUAUAAAUAGACAAAUGUUGAAAACGAAAGACAGUAAACAGACGAAGCAGCACCAACAAAUUGACAAUGUUAAGGCUAUGGCAGGUGUCAAUAACAAUGACAGCUAUACUAAUAACAAAAACAACAACAGCAUUAACAUUAGCACUGACAUACCUUUACGUCAAGCAAAUUUGACAAGUACAACAACAACAAUGACAGCACAUAAUCAUAAUAGUAAUAACAGACAUAAACGUCAAGGUAUGUACCUGCGUUUAGAAGAUCAUCAACAACUACAACAACAUGCCGGGGAAGAACAAUUCAAUUUGCACAACAAUAACAAAGUAAACAACUACGAUCACAAUGUCUACCAACUACAGAGUGUAAUACCGGGAGAAAGAGUAAAAAUAGCUCUCGAGAAUAAUAAUGAAAAUGAGAAUCCCAAUUCUCUAUAUAAAACAAAAACUGAGCACAAUACCGUUACUACACCCGAUACUAGUGUGACAGCUCUUAAUGAGGAAUUGAAUUUUGCCAGUCGUGCAGCAAAAUCUCCUAUUAAUGGUUGGGAUUUAAUAAUAACAGAAAAACGACGUGGUAUACAUGAACGUAAUGUUUUAGAGGCAUUUGAGGCCCUUUUGGAACAGGAAAGAACAAAUCAAUUGACUCUGGUCAAUGAAGAGCAAUUAGAAUUGGACUCAAAACCUAUAACAACACAAGAAUCUCAAAAGUGUGAAAAAGUUGAAAAUAAAGAAGAACCCUCCUCACCACUAUCGUCGUUACAAUUGCAAACAUUUGGUGAUAAUCCCCAGUCCAUAUCUCAACACUUUCCUACACAAAUACUAGAUGUGAUACAAUUGAUAAAUCAACAGCAACUAUCCAUUGGUUUAAAUACGUCCAUCAUAUGUUACGAUAAAUAUCUAAAAGUAUUUUUACAAUUUAUUUAUCAAACAAAUAACAAGACUCGCACGAUCGCCUAUAAAAUCCCAAAUAAACAAUUGGUGAGAAAAUUUAAACAAUUUUACAAUUACUGUGAGAAAACAGCAACAAGUACGGCGAUCACUACGGCAACGACAACUAAGAAGCCUGAAACAACAAUGAGAGAGUUAACAUGCGUUAGUAGCAAUUUGAAGCUUGACUUGAACAUAACGAAUAGUUAUAACUGCGCGCAAAAUACGGCAGAAAACUACCAUGAGUCAUUAAUGCAAAAAUCAGUUACGGCAAAUGUUUUAAAAACAGAUAAGUGUACAAGUGUUUUAAAUAAAUCUCAAAAUAAUAAAGAAAAACAAAAAGUGAAAACUCCACCCCAAGUACCAAAACGAGAUCCUAAAACAAGACUCUCACCUACUGCGGAAGUAAAAAGAUUUGCUCUCAACAUGACAGUGCCUGCAAAUACUCUUAAAACGGAAACCGAAAACUCAGCUCCCAAAGAGGAAGAGUCCAUUUAUCAGCCCAUAUGGAAGUUUGAAACUAAGGGUAAAGUUGCGGAACGCUAUCAAACCGAUGAUGAUUAUUAUGAUUUGAAAGCCUUAAAAGAGAAAAUCAAACAAGAAUCUCCCAAUUCGGAAAUUCCUAAAAUAUUAAUAUCCGAUGAUAUUUUAAUAGAAGAAGAAGAGGAUCACAAUAAUUGGGAACCCGAUGAGGAAUUUGUAUUUACCAAACAAAAAAGAUCUUUAUCUUUAACAUCCGAUCGUAAUUCUACCAUACGUUCUAAUCUCAGUUUAAAUAGUUCUAUUGGUACCUCCUCUUCCUUAAGUGGCAGUACUAUAACAGAAUUUGCCAGCAGUACCGCCACCUUGGCCUCUGCCAUUAGCUGUAGUUUAAGACAUCAUUGGUAUCGUAAUAUAGGCAUAUUUUAUAGUUUAACAGAACCCAAAUUAAGAGCCAUUAUCUAUGACUAUGAUCGUGUACAUUCCUCGAGAUACUUUGCCAAACCCAAAGAGCAAGUAAACAAUGAUAGUGGUUUGGGAAAAUCAUUAAGUCCUAUACCGCCCUCAAAACUAAGAUAUGUUAAAAAUUCCUCAUCUAACUGCUCUUCAGCCUCAACAUCGGCCUCCUCCUCACCUGUUUCGCCCACAAAAAGGGAAAUUUUGGAUAAAUCAUUAUGCGGUGCAAGUGAAAGUGUUAAAUAUGCAGGUGCCAGGGCGAAAGUUGUGCCACCUCCUUCCUCAACUUCAUCUCUAUUUGAACAAAAUAUAACCAGCUCCGUACUAGCAUGGAAACGUCAAUUGUUGGAUGUUAAUUGUAUGGAGGAUGAAGAAGAUAUGAUUGUUUCCGAGUGUGAAAUCAAACGUGCUCAACAGAUUAAAGAAGACAUCGAUCAGUCGCCCGAUACACAACCGCAACAGUUUAUUCAACGUUUCAAGAGUCGAUCAACGGAUAAUCUAGACUUGCCCAACGAAGAUGACAAAAAGACUAUUGGAGAACGUUUGGCUAAUAUGUAUACGCGAUUUUCGCCAAUCCAACGUGGAAUUCUCAAUAUAAGUUCACCCAAAGGCGAUAAGAAAGUCUACAAACGAAAUCGUGCCAGUCAAUCCACUAGUCUCUAUCUGGAGGAUGGUCUUAAACCGAAACCACCCAUAUUUGGUGCACCACUACAUCAACUUGAAUUGCAACAAAAUGUGCCACGUUUCGUAGUCGAUACAGUUGAUUAUAUCGAACGUAAAGAUCGUAUUAUACAAGAUGGUCUUUAUCGUGCCUGCGGCAAUAAAUUCUCCAUAGAUGAGCUCAAAUUAAAAUUAACAAAAAGUUAUAUUUACGAUUCAAAACUUAUAGUAGCCGAUGAUAUACAUACGGUAACAAGUUUAUUGAAACAAUUUUUCCGUGACUUACCGGAACCGAUUAUACCACAAGAUAUCUAUAAUCGUAUAACGGUAAAUUUGGCAGAUAAAGAAAGUAUAGAUACAAUACGAAUAGCCAUAGAAGAGAUGAAGGAACCCAAUAAGUCAACAUUGAGAUUUUUGAUAAAACAUUUAACAAAUGUCGCUGCCUGCAGUUCUUCAAAUCGCAUGAAUGCUUCCAAUAUGGCCAUUGUCUGGGGACCCUCGUUAUUUGCCCUAAAUGAUACAUACGAUAUGAUUGGGCGCAUGAACACUUUAACCAAAGUUUUAAUAGAAAAUUAUGAUCGAAUUUUUGAUACAAAUGAACGUUUACUUUAAUACUUAAGAUUAUGUUUAUUCAUUUAUAAUUUAUACUCUUUCAUAUAAAAUUGUGUAAUUCACAAUCGUUGUUGUACGGUUGUAUCGUAGUAUGUCGAUAUUGAUUUGCAACGCUACAACUAUACGACAUCGAUUGUAAAUUUAACAAAUAUUUAUUAUAAUUUAGUGUUCACCUCCCAAAAAUCCUUUAAGUUAAAAGAAAAGCUUUACUCAUUAGUUUCCUUUGUUAGUCAUCAAGAAUAAAUUAAAUUUAAAUUUUGCUUAAACAUCACACAACAUACCAAAAAGUUAAAA